GGCCAGCCCGGCGCUGGCGGCCAGUCGGCCGGGGGAGCGCUGCGGUGCGGAGCUGCCGAGCCGAGCCGGGCCGCGCCGCGCCGCCUGGGCCCGCGGGACGAUGCGCUGACGGGCCUGGGGCGGGCAGCCUGCGCCGAGCGCCGGGAUCGCCGCUGUGCGGCCGGCGGGGCCCUGCCGGGGCCGCCCGGGGAAGAUGAACUACCUGAAUGUGCUGGCCAAGGCGCUGUACGACAACGUGUCCGAGUCCCCAGAUGAGCUUUCCUUCCGGAAGGGCGACAUCAUGACAGUGCUGGAGCGCAACACGCAGGGCCUGGAUGGCUGGUGGCUCUGCUCGCUGCACGGGCGCCAGGGCAUUGUGCCCGGCAACCGCCUGAAGAUCCUGGUGGGCAUGUAUGACAAGAAGCAGCAGGCAGGGUCUGGCCAAGGGCAAGCACCUUCCCACCAGCACGUGCUGCACCCCGCCGCCCGGCCGCCAGGGGACAGCAUCUACCUGAUCCCGGCCUUGAGCAAGGGACAGCCGGGCCUCUACCCGGGCUCUGCGCCAGGGGCGCCCUUCCCCUCACCUCCAGCCAAGCAGCCGCUGGCAUAUCCAAAGCAGCCGCUGCCCCACACCUGCCAGGAUAUCUACCAGGUGCCCCCGUCGCAGAGCCACGCCCCAGACGUCUCCGCCAGCCCCCCACAGGAGAUCUACCAGGUGCCCCCGGCUGCGGGGCUGGGCCAGGACAUCUACCAGGUGCCGCCGUCCUUGGACGUGAGGAGCUGGGAAGGGCCGAAGCCCCAGGGAAAGGUGGUGGUGCCCACUCGGGUGGGGCAGGUCUACAUCUACGACUCACCCAAAGGCGAGCAGGACGAGUACGACAUCCCACGGCACCUCCUCGCCUCCGGGCCCCAGGAGAUCUACGAUGUGCCCCCUGUCCGGGGGGUGCUCACCAGCCAGUACAGCCAGGAGGUCUACGACACCCCCCCAAUGGCAGUGAAGGGCCCCACCAGCCGGGAGCUCGGCCAGGAGAUCUACGACGUGCCGCCCAGCGUGGAGAAGGCCCUGCACCAGGCCCCCCAAACUGUGUAUGACGUCCCCCCAUCCGUGAGCAAGGACGUCCCGGACGGCCCCUCCCGAGAGGAGACCUACGACGUGCCCCCCGCCUUUGCCAAGCCAAAGGCGCUGGACCUACCUCCGCCAGCCCUGCCCGAGGACGUGUACGACGUGCCGCCGGUGGCAGGGAAGGGCGCCCCCGAGGCCCCCUUCCCGCAGGAGAUCUACGAUGUACCGCCCGGCCUGCGGAAGCCGGUGGGGCCUGCGCAGGACGUGUACGAUGUGCCCCGGGAGCUGCACGCUAGCAGCCUGGACGCCGAGGGCGAGUACAUCUACGACGUGCCACCGCAGGUGGACCGGGAGGCCAGGGCGGGCGAUGCCAAACGCCUCUCGGCCUCCAGCACAGGGAGCACCCGCAGCAAUGUCUCCAGCUCCUCGCUGGACGUGGGGCCGGGCAAGGAGGCGCCCAAGGAGCUGGGCCUGGACCUGGACGUGGCCAUGGAGCUGUUGACCCGGCUCCAGCACCACAUCAGCGGUUCCGUCUCCUACCUCAUGUCCUUCAUCAGCACCGGCUGGCGUAGCCCAGAGCAGCUGGAGCUCCAUGCACCCAGCCUCCGGGCAGCAGCCGAGGGCAUCAAGGGGGCACUGCGGGACCUGCUGGAGUUUGCCCGCGGGGCCGUGGGCAACGCGGCCCAGGCCUCCGACCGUGCCCUGCACGCCAAGCUCAGCAAGCAGCUGCAGAAGAUGGAGGACGUGUACCAGGCCCUGCUGCGGCACAGCCAGGCGCUGGAUGGCUGUGGCUGGGCCCCCAGCGCCCUAGUGUCCGGCAAGCCAGGCGGCACCGACGACCUGGACCGCCUGGUGAUGUAUUCGCGGGGCAUCCCUGAUGACACCAAGCAGCUGGCGUCCUUCCUUCAUGGCAACGCCUCCCUGCUCUUCAGACGGGGUAAGCUGCCGGCGGACAGCCCGGACGCCAGCCUGCUCCUCGCCAGCCACCCCCCGCUGGCGCCCGUCGACAAGGCCAGCAGCAUCCAGUCGCGGCCCCUGCCCUCCCCGCCCAAGUUCCUGGCGCAGGACUCGCCCGACGGGCCAUACGAGAACAGCGAGAGCGGCUGGAUGGAGGACUAUGACUACGUGCACCUGCAGGGCAAGGAGGAGUUUGAGAAAACCCAGAAGGAGCUGCUGGAAAAAGGCAACAUCAUGCGGCAGGGCAAGGGGCAGCUGGAGCAGCAGCAGUUGAAGCAGUUUGAGCGGCUGGAGCAGGAGGUCACACGCCCCAUCGACAACGACCUCGCCAGCUGGACACCGCCGCAGCACUAUGCCCAGGUGCAGGGCGGCAGUGCCCUGUGCCCCUCCGACCGCCAGUUGCUCCUCUUCUACCUGGAGCAGUGCGAGGCCAACCUCACCACACUCACCAACGCCGUGGAUGCCUUCUUCACCGCCGUGGGCACCAACCAGCCGCCCAAGAUCUUCGUGGCCCACAGCAAGUUCGUCAUCCUCAGCGCCCACAAGCUGGUGUUCAUCGGCGACACCCUGUCGCGCCAGGCCCGGGCACAGGACGUGCGCCACAAGGUCACCCACUAUAGCAACCUACUGUGCAACAUGCUCAAGGAGAUUGUGGUGACCACCAAGGCCGCCGCCCUCCACUACCCGUCCCCCUCUGCCGCCAAGGACAUGGUGGAGCGGGUCAAAGACCUGGCCAACAGCACGCAGCAGUUCAGGAUGGUGCUGGGGCAGCUGGCGGCCAUGUGACGGCCUCACCGGUACACACCACACUGGGAACUCCUCGGAGAGAUCAGUCUACUAUUAAUGACUGCCUCUGUGGAUGCGCAGCGGAGCACGAGAGGCGUGUAAAUGGGCUUGUAAAUAUUUAAAGAGACUCCCAUGGGGGGGAUAAAGGGGGGGCACAAAACAAGCGACGACGCUGGGCUCCUGUUCGCUCCUCCCCUUUUCUCUAAAGAGCAAGAUAGUUUUUAGGCCGCGCCAGCGAUUCAUUAAGGGUGCUUCAAGGUGAAAGGCUGGAGAGCCAGGACAGAGGCUGUACCCUCGGAAAGAAGAGGGGGCCCUGGGCCCCCCGUAACGAAGCCACGGAGGCAAAUCAUCAUUGUCCGUGAUGGAUUCAGGGUGCGUUGGGCCAAUGGGCGAUAUUUAAAAAAAAAACUAGAAUUUGAAUGGGAGCAAUGCAAUUAGAGCGGGCGCAAGCAAUCGAAGGGAAGUCCAGUAGUGUCAGCCAACCGUUAGGGGCGAGUGUGAUUUCCAUUGACUUUGGGGCCUGAUCUAAUUAAUGAGAUCUCUCUCUGCUAAUUGACAGACAUUUAAUUGUGCAGAACGAAUCAAUCCAAUGGUAUCUGGGUGGAGAUGAAAAGGAAACUGGUCAAACUGUAAGCCGGAGGAGUGUCUGUGUGUCCACUGCUGGGCCCGACAGACAGCCCCUGGGGGUGACAGGAUGGACGCAGGGAGGUGCGCCUCACCGUGGCAUAUCACGGCUGGGGUUUGCUAAGAUCGGCUGUAGCAGAAAUGCUAAACGAAAUUGGUGCCUUGAAAUGUGCGGGUUCCCUCCUGGCCUGUUGGGAUACUCGUUGCCAUGGAGCCUGCUGGCAUGGCAGCAUAAAGGUUUGCCUAGAGCC